AUGACUGACCCCGUGCGCCGUGACCCUACGGAGUUUCUUCGUGUUCUCCGUCGCAUGUCGAGGACAACCUCUUGGCAAAAAACAAUGUUAUUUGCUUCUAAAGGUCGAAUGGUUGGAUAUCGACUCACACAAGAACAUUACAAUACGGUUCUCUUCUCACAAUCUAUGUGGGGAAGGGCAUUAGAGAUUGUACGAGUGAUGCGGGCUAUGCAGGAAGACCGUAUACAACCAAAUGGAGCCACUUAUUAUUAUAUUGUUAAUGGUAUGGCUAAUGCUGAUCAUGGUUGGAAUUAUGAUUUUAAAAUUAAUCAUCGUUUAGAAAAGAUACAACAUUGGCGUGUAGCCUUAGAAGCUCUUGAAGCAUGUGAAGUGAAUGGGUUUGAUUCAACAGAUACCAUGCAUAAUUCUGCUGUUAUUACAAUGGUGAUUCCUGGUUUUAAUAGAUGGGAACAAGCGAGCAAGUUGCUCGAUAAAAUGCUACGUGAGGAUCGUCGAAUGCAUCCGACAAUGGUAAAGUUUUAUCAUGAUUGUCUUAUUCGAAAUAUGCGACCUCGUGAGGCGAGUAAUCUCAUCCGUCUGGCCGCAGAACACGGUGUACAGGGAUAUGAAGAUAAAUGGGAAGUAGAUGUCUAUAAAGGACGUCCUUAUGAAAGUGAAGUGGAAGAAAUGAAAAAGGAAAUUAAAGAAGGGGGUAUGGCUAUUCACAAAGAUAUGGAUGAAAAAGAAAAAGAGGAAGCGGAAGCUAAAAUACGUGCCGCAUUAUAUCUACGUGAAGAUCAGAAACUCUUACCAGAGGAAUUACAUAAAUAUUUAGAAGAGGAAUCUUUACAAAACAUCACAGCAGAACGUUCUUUACCUGUUCCCUUCUCUGCUGGUCUUCAUUCCACUGAAGUGAAUAGUGUUUUCCGUCCACGUGUGUACAGGCAGCUUUGGUAUAAAUGGCAUCACAUUGCGAACCGGUACCGCCCAACAGCCACGUUGAAAAGACGACAGUUGGCACCGCGGGAUUCACCAACAGGUAUUCCAGGAUUUAAUCGCAUCUAA